AUGCGUUACCAAGAGGAUCCGCAGGGACAUCUGCGACACCAAGAGUCUCCGCAAGGGGACGCUGUGAUGACAAUUGAUUCCCGCAGGAGACCGCUGCAUUACCAAGUUCUCCGCAGCCUAGGACCUGCGUUACCAAAGAUCCUCGGAGGAGGGCGCUCUAGAGAACAAGUCACCCCGCAGGGGAGUGCUGCGUAA